CCUUCUUUAAACUCGUUUAUGUGUAAUUGAUAUCGUCCCCGAAGAAACACGGCUGGAGUUACAGUGUUUUGAGGGGGCAGUGAAAUGAAAGUUAACGGAGGAGUCAGCCGUUAAGGAUGGAGCCUAAAACACCCCCUGACAUCAGAUAAACUCCACAGUGCAGAAACAGCUAGAUAAAUGCAGUCUGAGAUGAUGCUGCCCUUGUCGAGAACGAAUGGAACAUGAAGCUGUGAAGGAUGGGUGGUGCUGGUGUCAGCAGAAAUGUUAGAAAGCCAGAUAAACUAGUUGUAGUAGUUGUAGUAGAGGAAGUGUAGUCAGGAGAGCUACAAAAUUGGCUCCCAGAGUUGUAAAAUCUACCUUCAGUGUGAUUUGGGGAACCCGUUUGAACAGUUUAUGCAGUAAAGCAACAGGCAGAUGGAGUACAGUGAGAGAGUGCUGUGUGGGUCAGGGGAGGUGGAGCUGGACCCAAACAUCGUGAGUGAAGAGGCAGGGAAACUGUACUCAGAGUUACAGACUGUUAUUGAGGCCCAUGGCGAAGGUGUGGUGGAGUCGCUGGUGCCCAUAUUUGUGUGGGUCCUGGAGGGGCUGGCCAGCUGCAAAGCCCAGUUGAGGGACAGGGAGGAGGAGGCGGAGAGGGAGAAAGCUGAACGAGAGGAGCUGCUGGAGAGAUACCAAGCGGAGAGGGCACUCAGGAAAGACAGUCAGGAGCGGUAUCUGGAGCUGGAUGACCAAAUUGAACAAGAGAGAAGAGCCAUGAGGGGGAGAGACAAGGAGCGAGAGCGCCGAGAGAGGGAGCUGGAGAAGAAAGCAAGAGAGCAAGCUGACCAGUUGGUGGCCUUGGAUGAGCAGAAGGCAAAUCUAAGUAGAGAACUGAGCACACUGAGGCUCACUCACAACAAGCUGGCUCACACAUAUCGAGAACUUUUGGACAAGAGAAAGGAUUCUGAACGAGACUCUCCUCUAAGGAAUCAUCUGCGUCCCAAGAACGCUGAAUUUCCAUCCAAUCAUGUCCCGUCAGAAUCCAGUGUGAAUGAAAAGAUAAUUCAGAGACCACAUUCACAGUCUGGUCCUCCCUGUUUGGAAGACCUAGUAGCAAAGAAGGAAAAGGUGAUUGACACUGCAGUAAAGCCAGCCGCAGAUGAGUUUAUCAAUGACAUCAUAAGCUCCACUCCCGAGCUGAGGCAAUUUCACGGCAGCAUGAAUGCAAGCACCCCGGUUAAAUUGAACGCCAAAGAGCUGCCGAGAGGGACCAGCGUGCAGGACGAGAUGAGGGAGGCAGAGGAGAAGGAUUGUAAAGAAGAAGAGGUGGAGGGUGGGGAGAGGCAGGAAAAAGACGAGAAGGAAGAGGAAGAGGAGGAGGAGGAGGAUGAUGAUAGCAUGGAGUGGGAGCUGCGCAACAAUGACUCUGUGUUCUCUGAGCUGUCAGAGCUGAGUCGGGAUUAUGUGGAGAGCGUUGACCGAGGGGCCAGCGUCAGAGGCAGUGCAGACCAGUUUGAGGAGAUUCUUUCUCAGUAUGAGGAACUGAAAGUCACCCAUGAGUUAGUAGACGCUGCCCGUAAGGCCUUGAUAUCUCGGGUAGUCGAGCUCACUGACGACCGGUCAGCUCUCAAACUGGAGGUGACCUCUCUUCAGGAAACAGUCUCAAGACUGGAGGGGCGGAUGAAGGAGAAGGAGGAGGAAACAAAGAGACUUAGGAAAGAACUGGAGGCAUGCCAAUCUGAGGAUCCUGAUGCCUCUCUGCCCACCUCCAUGCGCCACUUCUCUCGCUCUGAAAUGGCUCGUGUGGUCAUGGAGAAGAACCAGUACAAACAGCGUCUGUUUGAGCUGCAGGAGGCUGUACGACGGAGUCAGACACUCAGAGCGACAAAGGAGGAGAGGCUGACGGAGGACAAAAGGUUGAGUGUUUGGAGAAAGUUCAACCGUUUGUUCGGCCUGUCCAGAGAGCCCUUAAUCCCGCCUCCUGCCUCUAUAUUCGCCCUGCCAACUUCUCCAUCGCUCGCUCGCUCUCCUCUGGAGUCUCCACCGGCUGUCAGUCAGACUUAUGCUGAAUCUGCUUCUCCUGCUGCUGUCUCCCCUCGUGUCAGGAGGAGAGAACUCUACAAAGAAAUUCGCUCCCACGUCUGGGGUUCACUCGGAAAACGGCAGAUACACGGCUGGAGCACACCGCUGGCUAACACACAGGAAUCCCAAGAACCCGUCCCGGAGCCGAAGGACGUGCCUGUCCUAAUGCAGCUCAGACUGCUGGAUCACAGAGACUCCACAGCUAAGCUGAACUGUGCGGUUGCAGUCACACCUGAGAUCUCAGGAGAGGCCACGUGUUCUGUGUGGGUAGUUUCUGGCCCCGCCUCCUGCAGCGAUGUUACAGUGAUUGAUCCAGCACGGUCCAACACAGUACUGGAUCAGUUCAGCCUCCCUCCCACAGCUCCUGCCCUCUGCCUCUGUGCUGUGCCUCCCAUAGGUGACACUGCAGGAACUGUGUGGAUUGGAACUCAGGAAGGAAGUAUAUUGAUACACUCAGCCUCUGCUGGCAGGAGGCGCUGUCUGCAGUCUGUUUCUCUCUCAGAAGGCGUUCACUCGCUCUUGUAUUCCCAGGGUCAAGUCAUUGCCGGUUUAGCUGAUGGGACUUUAGCAUUUUUCUCACACAGUUCAGGUGGCUGGAAUCUACAGUCACACUCACUGAUGCCUCUCGGAUCAAACCCUGUGCAGCCCAUUCGCUGCUGCCUUGCAAAAGGUGGCCGCUUGUGGGUGGGAUAUUGGAACAAAGUCCACGUGGUUGACAUUGACAGUAAGAAGGUUGAGCAAACAUUCUCAGUGUCUGAGCGCAGUGAGCAGCAGGUCCGUUUCCUGUGUGCCGGUGGAAGCGGUGUUUGGGCAUCCUGCCGGCUCGACCCAAUCCUCAGACUGUUUGACUGGUCCACAGGACGGCCGCUACAGGAAGUUGAUUUUAGCGCUUUGGUCACUAAAACAUUAGGCCAAGCCUUCCUGACACUCGCACCGCUCCAGAUCUCAUCUCUCACAGUCAUCUCUGGCCGUCUGUGGGUGGGCACAGGAGGUGGUGCCAUUUUCUCCGUCCCAUUAUCCAUAACAUCAGAGGAUGUUUCCAUCCCAUAUUGCACCAUGCCAUCAGCUCAGUUGUGUUACCAUGGGCAUAGACAAGCUGUCAGGUUCAUCAUCGCUGCACCUGCUUGUUUGAUCGUCUCCCCUGGCUGCAGCACUACUACCUCUCAGUUUAUCCUCAGUGGAGGAGAGGGCUACAUUAACUUCAGGAUUGGCGACGAUGCAAGUGAGGGAUCGGUUGAGUUGUCCCAGGCUACACCUCAGCGGUCGGAACGCAGUCACAUGAUCGUCUGGCAGAAUUCCACGCCCUCUGUGCCCAGCCCUGCCCUCUGACAUGAAUCAUCUCCAAGUACUGCCCCGCUGGAAUGACAUAAAGACGCAGCAGACAUACUGUACACUGUGCACCAGCAAAGCUAGAAACAUUGAAAUGGUGCUUUCAUGGAACUGAAGGAACCAGCGUUUCAAUGUGGCAGUGAUUAAAGUAUCUUCUAAAAUAUAUAUGAUAUAUGAUACAUGCUGUUUCAUCCUUGUUUACCUCGUUAAUUUUGUACAUCUGUGUUUGGACUGGAUUGUCCUGAUGGAUGUCGAUGCCUUACUGUGUGCCUUCAUCUGAUGUUAUAUCAUGUCUGUAACUGGUCAGUGAUUCAGCUGCCUGAUUGUUCAUAGCUCAUUUUACCUUUGCACUAACAUUCAGUCUCCCUGACGUACAGCUCUCUGAUUCAUUUUUCUGCCAGUGUUCAUUCACAUCUUCGUUCCAUCCAGGCGGCACCAGGUCUUUCUGUCCUUCAUCUUGUGAUCAUAGAGUUUAAGUUAAUACUGUGGCUGCACGUGAAGCUGCUGUGUACAUAUUUUGUUGUUAACUGUGAACUGGAAACAGGUAUUAUUCUUCUCUCAGCGUAAAGACAAUCAGACACUUGUUACGUCGUGAUGCUGCGGAGACUGGGCAUAACUUCUUUUGAUUGUUUUUUUUUUCUUUUUCUUCCUUUCAAACUCUCCCCUCCACGUUGCACUGUAGUGAAAUUACAAACUGCACAUUUUAAUUGUGUGAUAUCCCAUCCUCUAAAUGAGCUUCAUCAGUGCUUGUCCUUAAAAAUUAUUUAUUUUCUCAAUACGUUUUCCACCUUAAUGUCUUUGAUUGUCUUAAUUUGUUUUAAUUUGAUUUCAGUAUGUUUUGUGAAAUAAGGGAGAUCUUUUUUUCUUCAAGUGUCCUAUGCAGUAUUUAAAUGCACUCAUGGUGAUAUCGUAGCAUCUCCCUAUUCUUCGCAUUAAGAAAAUUAGGACGUAAGUAUUCCUUCUGGCUCAACCUUGUGCAAACAUGAUUAUUGUCAUUAAAUAUGUCUUCAAUGGA